ACUUCUAAAGGUGAAAAUGUGUUAAGUUAGAACAACAUUUGCCACCAUAAGGACAGAAAUUACUACCAAAAGCCUGUCUUGACUACCGCUUUGUUUUUUGCCAGCCUCUUCAGAAGAAUCGUUUACGUAAACAGCCCGAAGGAGACACUAUUACGUGAUGCAAUGACAAAAUUACCUUUACAUGGUGCGUGCAAAAUAUCAUUCCAGAUAGAAAGUUUUUCUUUUUUUCUCUUUUUGUAGACUUACGUUUGCAAAUUUUAUUGGGGGAGAGCUUGACCCAAACUCUAAUUUCAUUUUAGCAAGGAAAUUAUCCGCGCAGAAAGCUACGAAAUUUCGAGAAAUUGCUCAAUCAACUGUUAUAUUUUUCAUCGCUAAAUUACUCAUUAAUUCAAAUGACAUAACCACAGACUUGAACUAUGGAUUACAUUCUUCAGAAAUAUUUCAACACUGUUCACUUGCCAAAGCCAGAUGCGUCGGAAAUUACUGGUGAGACGUGACUGCAGUUUUUAAAUCUUCUAUUUUAACGCUUAUCGUGAGCUUUUCCAACCAACUUCGAGAAAACUGUAAGCUGUCUGGGUAUUGAAGUUUUCGUGUUUUUUUUUUAUCUUUUUUUUUUUUUAAUCUUUAUCUGCAUAGCUACUUAAGUGAAAAGCCGCCUAGUCAAAAACUUUCCCAAAACUUUCCCAAAACCUUGCCGAAAUACUCAUCAGUCAUGGAAGUCUUUUAGAAAAACAGCAGAAAAUAAUUGAGGGCGAUUUCCGACCCGCCUUAACAGAAUUCAGGCGAGGUUUGAGUACGUUUCCGAUCGGAAGACGAUUAUUGAAUUUACAGGUUUGUUUUACAUCCGUCAGCACGAAGUCAACAAUCAUCUGCAGUACUCCACACAUUAGGUGUUCAGUUUCGCACAUCAUCGAGUUUCGCGCAAUCUAAACAUCAACCAACUUGACUUCAGAGGUUAUCGAUAACGGAACUGUUCAAACUCAUACAACCGACAGCUUUUUUAUCUUUGAAUACUUCCUUUUCGUUUCGUUUUUAACCAAUGAGGUCUAUAAAUGGGGCGUCAAAGGGUUGUGUAGUUUAUUAGAAGUUACCAGUGACUUGUGGUGUUUUGCGCAUCUCGGUAUCUUUGUGUCGCAGCCUCGCGACAGAUCUGAUUAUAAUCCUUUGAGAUUCAAACGAUCUAAGAACAAACAGGGUUUGCCUCUCUGUGCUCUUCACCGACGUGGUAAGCCUUCAGUGUCAUUUUUGCCGAAGGAACUUUUUCCGGUAGAAUAAAACCAGACAACCGGAGCCAAAGUGAGAUUACUUGCUUAACUGCACGUCGGAGUCAGUCUUCGGAAGACACUGAGCAAUGGAAGCAGACCCAACGGAGGAUAUUGGUUCAGGUGAAGUGGAAGAUGGCUCAUCUGUACAUCCAGAAAAUUCCUUCAACAACACUUUUUUGGCAAUCCAGUGCGCAUGGUAUUCCUUCGUCCUUAUUCUUGGCAUGACAGGGAAUUUGUACGUCAUUUUAACAGUUUGGUGUCGUAAGGACAUGUGUUCCACAACAAAUUUGUUUAUUGUGAACUUAGCUUUCAGUGACUUAGGGAUUCUGCUGAUCUCGCUCCCAGCUGAGUUCAUCAAGGACUACGUAGGUUGGCCCUUUGACAAGCUAACCUGCCAGAUUGUCGCCCCUUUGAACGAAGUUUUCUUCUGUGUGUCUAUAUUGACCCUGACUGUUAUCACCAUUGAGAGGUUUCGGGCGAUCUGCAGACCGUUCAAACCGCGUCUGACGGAACGGGAAGCCAAAAUUAUUAUUGUUAUUGUAUGGAUUGUGUCAUACCUCAGUGUCGGUUUUCCAAUGUCGUUUCUGAUGGAUGUACAAGUGAUUCCUAACUAUCCGAACAGGUGCGGACCCGUGUGGUCGGGAGAUCUUGAGCGACGAAUACACACUUGUUUUAUUGCCACUCUUAUAAUCGUGCCCCUGUUCAUAACAGCCGGAGGCUAUGCAGCUAUCGUGUCUACAAUGAGAAGGCAAAGUGCGCGGAUCAGAGAGAGAGCGAACUCCUUGAGCAACGCAACCGUUACCUUCCGCCAUGACCAAUUCCGUUUAGAGAAGAACGCAGAAUUAAUCAAAAUGCUUCUUCUCAUUGUGGUUGUCUUUUGGAUUUGUAUGCUGCCUCUGACUCUACUUGCCCUGGCAAUGGAUUUUGGAGGCAUCGACCCGACAACAAAAACAGUCGAAUUAUUAUACACCCUCGGUAUUUCCUUAUUUUUCAGUAACAGCGCUUUUAACCCCAUUGCUGUGUAUAUGAUGAGCUCAGAGCUAAGGAAAGGGCUCUAUACCUUCCUAAAUAGAAUUUCAAAGUAGUUUGACCAUUACUUUUUCAAAGUGUGGAAACAGUAAAAGACUGUCUGGUUAACCUUGCAAGGUUCUCUCGUUUGAAGUGGCUGUAAAUAGCGGUCGAAUGUUCGAUUAUUAGUUUCAACUUGUGAUGUGUGCAGAGGCUGUUGCUGUUACAUGUAUAGUUGCACAGACAUUUUAUCCCUAGCGGCUGUAAAUAACGUAAACUUCUUAACCACAAGGAUUUGAUUGGAUUGCGUUUUUCGUUCGUGCUUGAUUCAUUCAAUACCGAAGAUAGCUCGACAUAAUUCACAUGAAAUAAUUGACCCCAAAUUAAACUUCUUCCGAGCUCUAAAUGAAUAAACCGCAAAGAGAUAAAAAUUACUACGAAAAAAAUUCUGUAUUCUUAGGGUGAUAAAACAUUUGGUUUACUUUUACCCUCGAUAAAUAUAAUUGCUUCAUCCAAACACA